UCCUCCCUUUUUCCCUUAUCAUUGUUCUUCUUCUUCUUCUCCUCCUCUCAUCUGUCAGCAUCAGAAACCUCCAAGAACAGAGAAGAAUCAAGACCCAGCUCAUACGCAUCCAAUCGCCAUAACCAUGGAGGACCACGACAGAUCAAGAACCUACGGCUAUGGAGGCAACAGCUACAGCGGCAACAACGUCAGCAGCAGCAACAGCAAUAACGUCAUGCAGUUGCAGACCUACUACAGCGGACCCCACGAGCUCGGGCGCUACAAUGCCGCCUACCCGCAGGCCCAACCGAACGGUAACUUCCGCGGCCACGAUAAAGGGAGAGACUUUAAGCCGAAGAGAGGGAAGAGCGCAUCUGGGUCGGCUUCCAACUCCUGGGGAAUCGCCGAUCCCGAGCUGCAGAGGAAGAGGAGGGUCGCCAGCUACAAGAUGUACGGCGUCGAAGGGAAGGUCAAGGGGUCCUUCCGGAAGAGCUUCCGGUGGCUCAAGGACAGGUACUCUCAGGUCGUCUAUGGUUGGUGGUGAACGGCCUUGCUCUUGUGAGGUUAUGGGCGUUGGUAAUUUCUUGUUCUUGAGUUUGAAAUUUGAUAUGGUCAAUCUUUAGGGAAUUUGGACUGAAACGGUGGAGGGAAGCUGUAAAUUUUGUUGAUUCGUGGCUGUCAUGAUGUUUCCUGGCAAUAUUUAAUAUUCUUUCUGUGCUA